AUGUAUUUUCCUAAAGUCAAUUUAGAUAUAGAGUUAAAAGCUUAUAUUGAUGGAUCAAUUACAACUGUCAAUUUAAAAGAUUAUCUCGGUAAGAAUAUUAUACUUUUAUUUUAUCCAAAUGAUUUUACUUUUGUGUGUCCAACUGAAUUAAACGUUGUCAGUGAUAGGAAGGAAGAGUUUAUUAAACGCAAUGUUGUUGUGUUUACAAUUUCUAAAGAUUCCGCAUACAAUCAUCAAGCAUGGGCUAAACUCCCAAGACAGGACGGUGGCGUAGAAGGAAUACAAUGGCCAAUGUUGGCAGAUAAGAAUGCUCGUUUAAGUCGACAGUUUGGUUUGUAUGAUGAUGAGGAAGAUAUCACCAAAAGGGCUACUGUAAUGAUUGAUGUUUCUGGAAAUGUGUUUAAUAUUUCUAUCUAUCAUGAAAAAAUAGGAAGAAAUGUUGAUGAAAUUUUGAGGUUAUUGGACGCAAUGGAUCAUGUGUCUAAACAUGGCGAUAUAUGUCCGAUGGAUUGGUCUAAUAAAGAAAAAAAAUAA